CUACAUCAAAGACAAUUCCCAGAAAGAAAAUAAAAAAAUAGAAUGUUGUUUGCCAUCUUGAUCCUUCUUCUUUUCUUAACAGCUAACUCCACAGCCCAAGACAACUGCCCUUCUUCAUCUUGUGGCAAUGUGAAAAUUAGCUACCCUUUCCGAUUGACAAGCAGCCCCAAAUCUUGUGGCUACGAUGACUCUGGCUCCGAGCUCGAAUGCCACAACAAUGAGACCAUCUUCAAGGUGGGAAACGCGAGGUAUAUCGUCCGAGACAUAAACUAUGCUACAUACUCCAUAUGGAUGGUUGAUCCAUCCAUGAACACAGCAAAUGCAAAUCUCUCUUCAUGCCCUCUUUAUCCCAACGACCUUCCUUCUUGGCCAUACUUGUUCUCCCACAACUACUUCUUCGACAUGAAUCGCCCCGUAUCCUUUUUACACUGCCUAGCUCCUGUCAGCUCUUCCAGCUAUGUCGAAGCCCCCUUCUGCGGCAACAGGAGUAGCAUUCUCUCCAACUCUUCCCGACUUUACAGUUACGUUGUUGAGGGAGAUGGGAUCGUGGAGGACUCAUGCAUGCUUGAUCAUGUGGUUUGGAGCUCCAGGGCUAAGGGCACUAGCACUAUCUCCAAUCCUUCUUUGGCCGGCAUCUAUGGCGAUUUGAGCAAUGGGGUGGAGCUCUCGUGGUUUAUUGUUCACUGCGGAGACUGCCCAAGAUUCACAGUGUGCCUCUUGGAGGACAGCCGGAUCACUUGCAAACGCCAGUGCCAGGAUGAUGUAACAACUCUCUCACAGCAAGGUUUUCGAUGUCAAUUGGAGUAUUGGGGAUUUAUCUAUGGAGCAUAUACAGUGGUUGCAUAUGGUGGACUUAUAGGCCUGCGAUUCGUGAUUGGAUUCGUGCUCCUGAUGGUUUUGGUGGUGUUCCAAUGGAGAAAACGGCACGACUUGCCCCUUUAACUUAUUAUUGCUUCAUUAUGCUUUUCUCUGAUUUUUAGUACAUUG